UAGGUAGUCGAAACAGGAAAACAAAUAUAAGAGGCGGCCAGAACCUCGCAAAUGGCAACUUUCUAUGUUGGGUGUUCUAAAAUUCAUUGCGGGACUAGCCAAACCCAUCCCUGCUACCAUAUUUAGGAGGACCCUGAACAUCGGAUAAUACCCGCGAGUUCAUAUCGAUGACAUAAUACCUAUUGUGCAAGGAAGGGAUACCUCAAAUACAGUUCACUAUCCUGGGUACUCCCUUGCUCUCUUUCCCUUUUGACGGCAAAGUGCCCCACUAAUCAGACAUUAGGUACCUACCUAGGCAUAGCUAGGUAGUCUUUGAUUACCAAGGUAGGAAGUGGAAAGUGGGAACUACGAAGGAAGCUUGAUUCCCGAGUCGAAGGUUUCCAUUCUCUAUUGUACCCGUUUCAUUAACUUUGAACAUUGAAUCUUCUUUUAGCUACCGACAAGCUAUCGCAUACCAUACACAAUCACAGAACUCGACAACUACGACUACGACGAAGACUACAAGUAAGAUCACAACCGCGACUGUAACAACAAUUUAGAAUUGAAAAGAAAAGGGAGAGAAAAAACGAAAAGAAAAAGGAAAAACCUCUAAAUUUGUCUAUUCCUUAUUAUAGGAAUCUUUUUUACUGCUACUCCUAUACUACCGCUCAAGAGAUACCUAAACCUUUGGUCUAAGCUCACAGACAUGGAGCCAGUUCCGACGCUGGACGUCUUUAUACUCACGUUCAACGCCGCAAAGCGCCAAAUUAAUAUUCCCGUCUUUGCUAGACACAUAUACAAUGCGUUUGGACAGAAUGCCUCAACACUGCCCGAACUAGUCGUCAUCUCGCUUCAGGAGAUGGCCCCGUUAGCCCAAGCUUUCAUAGGGUCUUAUAUCCUUAACCCAUAUUUCCAACGGUACGAAUCGGCCAUCAAUCUUGCGGCCGCCAAGUUUGCCGCAGAAGAAGAACGUCAACACCGCCCAAAGGGCCGCCCGUACAAGCUGGUGACCACGCGCAAUGUUGGUAUGACAGGCAUUAUGCUCUUCGCCCGCGAAUCCGCUGCCGUUCACAACCUUCAAGUCGCCGAAGUCGGGUUCGGCGCCGGGGAUAUGGCCAAUAAGGGUGCUGCGGGCCUCCGAAUGUUGUACAGGAAGGAAAACGCAGAUGGCACCUUGUCGACAUCAACUGAAUUGACUUUUGUCAGUGCUCACCUCGCUGCUAUGGAGUGGAAUCUUGAUAAGAGAAACAAGAAUUGGGAGAGUAUAGUCUCAGGCCUCGUAUUCGAGGACCCUAAAAAAUUUACCGAACGCUCCUCAAUGCAGACAUCGACACUCCCAGCGAAUGAAGAUUCAGAAGCCGAAGUAGCUCUCCUUGAGCAAGACUCGAACGAAAAAGCGCUGCACGAAAUUUCUAUAUAUAAGCCAAGUUCUCAUCUCUUUGUUUGCGGCGAUCUUAAUUAUCGCCUGUCUAAAAUCUCGCCGGCCUCGGACUCUACGUUCCCCGAUGUCGACCCCGAGAGUCCGAAUCAUUUUGCUCGCUUCCUCGCCCGCGAUCAACUCACCGCGGAGAAAAAUGCCGGACGUACAUUGCACGGGCUGAGCGAGGCAUCCAUCAACUUCCCACCAACCUACAAGCUUGUGCUAUCGCCCAAAGCAAAGCCACAGGCGCAACUUGGCCGUAUCGGAGACGACGAGAGCGAAGAGAACGAUAUGGAUGAUGUGGAAUGGUCGUGGGCUUUACACCGGUGGCCCGGAUGGUGUGAUCGCGUCUUGUUUCUCGAUAUACCUUGGUGGGCUCGAGAAUCCGCCGGCGGCACAAAGAUGAGAGUCACGGCCUAUGACGCGAUUCCUGCUGUCAGAUCGAGUGACCAUAGAGCAGUAUUUUUACGAUUAGAGGUUCCUAUGCUUGAGCCUGACAGCCUUCUACCGACUGAGUCUGCGUACGAGAGGGAGUUGAGCGCCGACUGGCACGAGCCCGUGGACCCACGCAUUCAAUUGCCAUUUCCUAUCGAUUUUCAGUCCUGGGAACACAGAUCCCAUGUCAAAAAAUGGGAGUCCACUAUUGGGUGGUCAAUGCUGAUCUCGCAGUCAAAGCAGGGCAUCAUGGUACUGGUCACGGUGUUCUUGAUCGGUCUUGGUACAUGGUGGUAUCGGUCGCGAUAGGGCGCGGCCCUGCUACAAAUCUCAGAAUGGUCGAUUGGUUGGCUGAAGGGUUGGUCGCGGAUGGGUUGGGCGCAGCCCAGAAGUGGUUGAACGUUUGCGUAUUGGCAUUCGUUAUUCAUGAUCUGGCUAGAACCGUAGUCGCCCGACAACGAUUUUGCGAGAUACUUUAGCAUUGGUGUUUUCUUGGGGGUGGUUUAUAGAAUUCAUCAUCCUUUUUGGCCCUUUAUAUCCUCCUCCUUCUAUCAGGGUCAUAGCGUUGAUUUACAAGGGAGGGAGGCUCUAGUAUUGGUUGGGUAAAAGUGGUUAUCCUGAGGUUAUUGAUUGUAGGCGGCGAUUAUACCCUUAUGCGUGAGAAUGGCGUUUUGUUUUUUUACCUUUUUUUUGGCUUUAACACAUAUUCGUUACGCUAGAAGUAGGGAGGAAAUGAAGGUACUGAGAGCCAUCCCCAUUUGUCCUAGACAUGAGAAAUUGCUAGAAUUAUGUCAAUCAUGAACUCGGAAUAUUGGCAUUGGCUGAUAUCCGGAUACGGAAGUCGACGUCACUCGUCAUGAGGCAAGUCUUUGUUACAUAAUUGCCUAGAUAGACGCCAUACAAACUUCGAACAUUCUAAAAGCCUUUAUAUACACUUAGUCUUUGAGUAACUGGUCAAUGGCAUUGUAUACCGUUAUCAUUCAUGCCAACUCUCUC